GAUGAGGGAAACAUCAUUAAAUCAUCACCGACAACAGCGGUUACAACAAUGCAGUGGAUUGUUGACGAACGAGGUGACGCCACUGCCGGCCAAAUAACGCAAACAACUUAUCUUCACUGGCGCCCAAGGAUCUACGCGCACUACGUGAGCUCCUCGACGUAUUUCCCGGAGCGGAGUAGUCGCCACUGGGACACCUCGGGCCACACAGCCAGCGACCUCUCGACGAGCGAAGGCAGACUGUUCGUGGUCGCUACGCGCGAACCCGACACCCCUAGGCUGGACCUGACGUGCUGGUCGUUUGCCUUGGCCUUCCUGGUGGUCAUGGUGGUGGCCAUGGUACUGUUCGCCGCCCGCCACCGAAGACGCCUGCUCGACGAAGAAGUGCUCCUGGCGGACAGCGCCGACAGAGAUGGCCUGCAGGGGGAGGCGGCACUCCGGGAAGCCUCUGACCGCAAGCGGAAAGGAGCCGUGUUUGCCACUCACUCCAGCGGGACCAGCAGGCGACCGAAGACCGAGGUAGCGGUGGCGGGGAGGCAUGCCCGGGGAGGCGUGCCCGUGAAUUUCUACAAGAGCACGCCCCGGAAAACGACACUGAGCCCGUCUGGCAAUCGAAGACCUGCGCGCAAGUCCAUAGGCGAGGCACACGAUGAUGAACUCGCGUGGAAGAAGAAUACAGCGAAAAAAGCUGAUGUCGACCGAAAAAACAAUCGCACGAGACCUCGGAAGCCCAUGACGACUGCAGCACAGACAUCUCCUGCCGUUAUUUUCACAUUAAAAAGAACGCCACACCGAAGACCAUUUAUAAAUUUCGCGGUAACGACAGCAAAGACAGCUGGAGUGACAUCAACGUCGGCAGCUUCAUUUACGACCACGAAACCACCGUCGACCGCGCCAUCCAGAUUCCCAUUGAAGACCAGGGUCAUUUGGAGACCGCGUCCAACUACCGGGAUCGUGAACUCGUUUGGGGCAAAUAGCCCGUCCCCUGCGGCCCCUUUUGCUGGGGGUGUUUUUCGUGACUUUACCAAGUAUUCGUUGGUGCCGACUAUGCAAAGAACUUUGACGCCCACUGCCGAGAGAGGCUUUCCGGAGUCUACGACGUCGUCGUUCAUAAAGACGAAACAAGAUGGCGUUAUGAAGUACUCGGUGAUCACCGUGCCACUGGCGACUGUCUUCGAUCUGCCGAAAAGCUUCUUGCUUGACAAGACUUCAAGAGGUGCUGCGUCUGGUUCCUCAAGCCACACUGCCAAGGCCUCGACUCUAGAAACUGACGAAUCCGUGGCGCACACGGAACCAUUCGCUGAUGAUUCUUUGAACUAUUUCGCAUAGUAAGGAAGGUGAAAGUGAGUGCGACGGUUUUCCACGGGGGACACGAAAGGCUUUUUACAGUGGGACCGUCAAGUUAAGUUCGCAUAAGUGUAAUGUAGCAUGUAGAGAUUUCAUGCUGUGGGCAGAAUUCACGGCUUUCAGUGCUUUCAUCUGGGCGUUACGGCACGUUGUGUGAAGACCGAAAUAACAUCUUAAAGUGAACCCUCUUCAAAACGCUUAUGGUGUAACAGUCCUUGAGCUUCGUGCAAGAUGGAUACAUAAAUAUUUGUCGCCUUGCCACGAGGAGAUUGUUAUGUGUAAGUACUCGAUGUUUUUGUUGUGAUAGGUCUUUUUGAAUCGUCAUUACGAGGAAAAUCGUCCUUCCCAGCAGUACAAGAUAACAUAUAAUAAUAUAGUAAUAUGUCC